AGAAUUGUUUUUCUUUUUACCCAUUAGAAUGUAUUGCUUUUCAAAUGAUGAUACUUCCAUGCACCACUCUUAAGUUUUAAUUAGCAUUGUGCAGAUUAUGGAUUUCUGAACACUGAAAAAUACAUUAACCAAUUGACUUAAUUACCGGACUGCUUCGAUUCGACCAAAUAACCAUAUAGGCUUUGCAUUUCGUGCCCACUUUAGUGAACGUUUUCGUUCAGUCAGUGACAAAAUCUUUUGACUUUCGGACUAAAAUUCAGUGUAAUCUUAAGUGAAAUUGUUGAAGCAAUUUGUUGUAUGUGCUUAAAAAUUAGGGGAAUCCAAGAAGUUUGCCUGCAGUUUCGUAUUAGUUUAGUGAUCUCUGUGUUAAUUGUGUUGGCGUUGAUUAGUGUAGUACCCAGAUGUGUCCACCACCGACUAAGCUGUUGGAUCUUUAAAUAAGGUAAAGUGGUCCUCGGUCCCUGUCCCCCAGAAACCGUUCCAAGACGAGCUGAUCCCGAAGUGCCACUGAACUGGUAAGGAAGUUGGAAAAAGUAUUCGGAAAAAAUAUUCUUAAAAAGUCUUAAAAGGCCUUAUAUCAAGAUUGAUAGAUACAUUAAUUUAUUAAAAAGGCUGAAGUGGGCUGAACCCAAACCUUUUUAAUAACUAUUUGUUCAAGACGCCUCUCUAAGAAACCCUUGGAAUCCCAAAGCCAAUCAUCACUUCAGUUUUGUGUCACUCAGUUGUCAAUACAAUUCGGUUACAGUUAAACAAUCAAUCCAUUCGGCUCCGAUUUAAAAUUAUCCUAUAUUUCGGCCCGUGCUUCAAAAUUAAAGUCCCUCCAAAUCGCCGAGAUGGUCGUAUCUACUUUUGGUAUUUCGCCCCAAAAGAAAACGGGGCGCGUUGCUUUCAAAAGCACUCCAGUUUCGGCCAGAGCGCGAACUGUCUCGGAAUUCCGAUCCAAUGACACCGUUCGCACUAAGCGAAAAUCACCAACGGCCGCCGGUGGAGUGAAGCGGGCCGCAGCCGGGGCGCUGGCGAGUCUGAGCGGACCGCUGGCCGGUUCGAUGGGUCUUGGCCUGGUCACUGGGACGGACAGGGACGGGUUCCCGCAGCCGAUUGGGGCGUCAAAGGCACAAGCGACCGCCGCCCGACAAGCAGCUCCCACCCCGACCCCGACGCCACGCCCCUUUCGCCGGGCGGGAGCAGCAGCAGCAGCCGCCUCCGCCGCAGCCGCUUCAGCCGCCGCUAACUUUGCUGCCAAGGUGCCUGGUGCCCCGAUCGUCGGAGCGAUCUCGCGUUCCGGCAGCAUCGCGUCCACCCUUCCCUUAACCGUCGGCAAGAAGAGCUCGCUGGCUAAGCGCAAGGUCGGCGGUGGCAGGAAUCCGGAUCCCACAGCCAAGCGGCGAGUGAAGUUCUCGGCCAAUGUGCACACCUAUCCGUCGGUGACCAACACCAAGAAGUCCGCCCGGAUUGGCGAGCUGCAGCUGCAGCGGAAGGUCAAGAAGCUGAAGCGGAAUCGAUUGCGACGGGAGGGCGGAAGUGGUGAAACGGCCACCGAAUUACUAAGCUCCAGUGGCUUGGCGGCCCCAGGCAGCAACCCCCAGGAUAUAUUCAAACACGGUACCAUCGUUGAUGUGGUACCGCCAACACCAGCACCACCACGCGUUCUGCGCCUCAACGUAGUGGGCAAAUCCUCGCCAGCAACUGGCAAAUUCGCUCUAGCACAGGCGCUUUUGCGAAAGGCGAAAAGAACAGCUGCCCAGGAAAAGGCGAAGAGAGCAGAUACCCAGGAAACAGAGGGAACGCCAAAGACCAGGAGCGGAAAAUCCAAGAAAAGGGGAGGCGUCAAGGCAGGCGGUGGCAGCACAAAGGCGCUACUGGGAUCCAGUUCCCGUUUGGUGGAAAACAGUUCGGGAAUAGCGAAGCGCAAGAAAUCAGCGGCGGCGGCGACGACAACAACGAAAACAACAGCGACGGGGAUUCAACGCAGCAGAGUAGCAAAGCCACUUCAUGGGCGGCGAGUCUAUGGAAAAGCCUGA